UUAAUGCAUAUCAUUAACAUUGCAAAUAUAUUUGUACACAACAUUUCAAAUGUAUUAUACAUAGUAAAAUAAUUUAAAUGUUGUUUUGAUAGCAAUUAGGAAAAACAAUCCAAACAUUUAAUGAAUUUGCAAAAAAACUUUCAUCAUUUGAAGUUUCCUAUCAGGAUAUAUUCGAAUGGCUUCACAAACCCAAUCAUAAUAUUAAAAACACAAUAGAAAUGGCAUUUUCAAUUUACAAGAGCCAUAUACAUGUCAGCUUGGCAUUGAAGCCAUGUUCAUCGUUAUUAUAACACCUGUAAAACUUCAAAUAGAAAACACAAGUAGAUGUUUAACCAAUCAAUUAUCAUCUUUUUAACCUUAUAUAAAAAGUAAAACUGAACACUUGCACAUUAUUGUUUGCUUGUCAACAUGGAAUAUCAACGUCACUACCAGCCAACCUUUACACAUCUUAACAAUGUGAGAAGUAACAACCAGAUAAUGCAUCAAUACCAGCCAACUUAUUCUCUGCCAACUAGUAGUAGAUCAACAAGUCAGAUGUCAUACCAGCAAAAUACGAUGCUAAAUCCUUCCUCUCAAGACAUAACUAUGGCCACACUACAGAACUUUAAUACACAAUCUGACAGAGGAGAUCAGCCACCAAAAUGUGAUCUAAGAUGCAAGUGCUGUGCUGUACAAAUGGCUUUUGGACUAGUGUGUGCCUGUAAUCUGACCAAAGAAAGUGUUGGUACACAGACUGAUAUUUUAGUUCUCAACAUGACUACUGAAGACUACUUCAAACCAAAGACAACUGCCUUUAAGCUAUUACAGAACCAGAUAACCAGUGUCCUCCAUACAACCAAACUGAGCAGCACAUCUGACAAAACUUUUGAGGACAGUGUUUCGGAAGUUAUCAACUUCAUUAAUGAUCUACCAGAUACACCUAGAACCAGAGAAAAAGUUAGAACAAGGUUCAGAAAAAGAAUGUACAACCAAAAGGGAUAUGAAAAAACCAAAGAGUUAGCCAUAGCAACUGGCGGUAGUGUUAGAAAAUUGCAGUGGAAGAAAGCCAGAGAGGCAGUAAUACCACCAAAACAACCCAGGGCAUCCUUCAAACAAAGGAAUAUUUCAAUUGUGAGUUCCGCAACAACAUCACCCAUAUCUUCCCCUGCUGUGUCUCCGGUAUCUACUCCAGCAAAUUCUCCACAAACUUCACCCACUCAACCUCCAAUGAUUUCUCCUGCUUCAUCAGUCUCUUCUCAUACAACAGAACAGCUUCCACAGACAAACAGUUUAGGAGUUUAUUUUAAAGUAGGAGACAAUGUCUGCAUUGCAAGUGGCGGCAAGACGUAUGACUUUGCAACUGUGGAAAAGAUAUGGACCUCAAGAGUCGACAUAACCUACCUAAAAAAAGCUGGGCCUAAGCUUUCAACAUGGAAGUUGGGUAGUGGUAAACUUUACAAAGACAGUAUUCAUAAGAACACUGUCUUUCAUUGCUUGGGCAAAGUAGAUCAAGUAGAGGGUCAGCUAAUGCAGACAAUAAAGAAAAAACUAAAUAGUCUUUUUUAGUAGACAAUUUUGUAAAAACAUGUAAAGUUUGACUUUUGAAGUAUGUUAUCUUAUUGUCAUUUAAAUUUUAUUUUCAGAUUUUAUCAAAAUUUACUAGUAAUUUAAGGGCCCUUUAUGAACCGAGGCUUCGUGUUGAUGGCUUUUCAUUGACUAAUAAUUGUUUACUUUUUUAAAUUGUUAUUUGGAUGGAGAGUUGUCUCAUUGACACUCACACCACAUCUUCCUAUAUCUAUAAGUUAACAGUUUUGAUUAUAGGUUAAGCUAGCUGAUUGUUUUUUUGUAUAUAUUUAUGUAAAUAUUUCAGGUUUCAAUUAAGAUAUAUAAUAUAAAGUACUCAUUGAAUAAAAAUAUAUUUAAUUCAUUUAAGACUGUUCUCUCCUCUUCUAUCUUAAAACUUGCCAGUAAUUGGGAAUCCUAUAGCUUUGUUUUAAGUUUAUCCAUGAACUACCAUUUAAAAAUUUUGCACACUAACUACGACUUUUUUCCCUUAAAUGUAUCACAUAGAGUUAAAAAUGAUAUGUUUACAAAACUAUAGAAAUUCUUGUUAUAUUUUCAUGGUUUUUGAAAGAAAAAAUGUGCCAAUGUUAAGUGUAGGAAAAGUUGAGAACAAUGUUUAUUUUUUGACAAAUUUUCAAUGUAUUUAUCUUGAAAAAACGCACACAGACCAAUUAUUUGUUUUCUGCUUUUUCAGUCCCUUUAUUUAUAUUA